GAGAGUACAUUGUGCAGCUUCGUUUCUACCCUCUUUCUCUUAAUUUCAGCUUUUGGAUUUUAAGGUGUCCUAUGAUGGCGGAUGCUAAAACUAGUACCUUGGAGUUUAUUGUGAAGCAAGGAGAGCCAACUAUGGUUCUUCCUGCUGAGGAGACGAAGAAAGGCCUGUUUUUUCUCUCAAACCUUGAUCAGAACAUCGCUGUGAUUGUUCGUACCGUUUACUGCUUUAAAUCAGAUUCAAGAGGAAAUGAAGAUGCCGUAGAAGUCCUCAAAAAUGCCUUGUCCAAAUUACUCGUUCAUCACUACCCUUUUGCGGGGAAGUUAACUAUUUCUGCAGAGGGGAAGCUAAUAGUGGACUGCACAGGUGAUGGUGCUGUUUUUGUUGAAGCUGAAGCAAAUUGUACUGUUCAAGAUAUAGGAGACACAGCAAAGCCCGAUCCUGGGACUCUUGGUAAACUGGUCUACGAAACUCCUGGUGCUCAGCACAUACUUCAGAUGCCUCUCCUGGCGGUUCAGGUGACUAAGUUUAAGUGUGGAGGAUUUAUCAUUGGGCUGUCAAUGAACCACUGUCUUUUAGACGGGAUUGGUGCCAUGGAUUUUGUGAAUUCGUGGGGUGAAAUUGCAAGAGGGUUGCCUCUGAAGGUGCCUCCAUCUCUAGAUAGAACAAUUCUGGAAUCCCGAAAGCCACCUAAGAUAGAGUUUCCACACCAUGAAUUUGCUCAGAUUGAAGAUAUAUCAAAUAUGAGCAAGCUUUACGAAGAAGAAAUGCGUUACAGUGCCUUCCUUUUUGACCCGGAAAAGCUUGAAAAACUCAAGAAAAUAGCCAUGGAAGAUAAAAAGUUAAAAAAAUGCACGACAUUUGAAACUCUCUCAGCUUUUGUAUGGAGAGCUCGAUGCCAGGCAUUAAGCAUGAACCCUGAUCAACAAACAAAGCUGCUGUUUGCUGUCGAUGGACGACCAAGAUUUGUGCCGCCAUUGCCUGAAGGCUUCGCGGGCAAUGGGAUUGUACUUACAAAUGCAUUGUGUAGUGCUGGCGAUCUUUCGAAAAAUCCGCUGUCAUAUGCAGUCGGACUGGUUCAAGAGGCUGUUCAAAUGGUAACAGACAGUUAUAUGAGAUCUGCCAUAGACUAUUUUGAAGUAACAAGAGCUAGGCCCUCUUUGGCUGCAACUCUUUUAAUCACAGCUUGGUCUAGACUUGCUUUCAACACUAUAAACUUCGGAUGGGGAGAGCCAAUUUUUUCGGGUCCUGUGGCUUUGCCUGAGAAGGAAGUAAUUCUGUUCCUAUCUCAUGGUAAAGACAGGAAAAGCAUAAAUGUGCUUCUGGGUUUGCCAGCUUCUGCCAUGAAGAAGUUCGAGGAACUGGUGCAGAUAUGAAGUUAAUCAAAAGGGUUCAUUUGAAUAAUUAAUUAAUUGCCAUAAAAUAAAGUGUUAUUCGUUUAAGAUUAAAAUUAACAAAAAUUCACUGUAAAAGGUGAAGGUUACUAUGUGUUUAUCUUAAAAGUCCAUGUAUCAGUCUCAUUGUUGAAUACUUGUUCUGCGUUUGUGAUUAACUGUAUUGGGUUCUGAUGCAAAUUGGCCCCAUCAGUUUCCUCCGUUUCACAUG